GUCACAACUGUCACUUCAACGGUCGGUGUAACCAUCAAUGGAAAACUCCAUAAGUGGAAGAUACCGUAAGGUUUUAUCCUCGACUCACGUUCCAAGAUGAGUCCUCAGUUCUGGCUAAACAUGCCAUCAUCCCAUGUUCUGUUCUCCGCAACACUAGACCCUGUCAGGAGCCUUGUCUGAGCCAGUCACGUCUCCACGUGCGCUCCAAUUAAACCGCGUAAUUUCCAACCUCAGAACCAUCCUCCAUCAACUUACUGCCUUCCGCUUCAGUAUAUAUAAUGACGCUUUCCCGGUUCCGAUGCAGAGGAAGACUGCUCAUCCUCACAGCAGUCUUCUCCUUCGGCACUUUCUUCGUCUUGAGGCAAUACGCAGAUAUGGCGUCCCUACCAAAAAGCUCGUUACUCGGCCUCCUUGCGGCAGCGCCGGUACUGGGAAAUGAUCCGAAUAUGGAGUGGUUUCCUCCGAGCUCUAGUCAAGUCAAUGAUCUUGACAAGGUGCUGGACGGGAAGGGUACUUGGGGCUUCAUUUAUGACUCGUCGCAUACGCCGGAUGACAAGUAUGGGACGUAUAAUUGGUGUAACAUGCCUCAUGCGAGGAAGAGGGAGUAUAAGAAGGCUUCGAAAGGAUAUGAGUUGCAAUAUGUCGAAGUGAUUCAAAGACAUCAUAAGCGUACUCCUUACGCAGCCAACGCUUUCCCAGUUGAGCCAUACCAAUGGAACUGCGAUAACCAAGGCCUCUACUACUUCGGCCGCCAAUUCACUGAAUCGCCCAAACCCAACGCCCAAGGCUACUGGAAAGGUUUCACCUCCGAAAUCAACCCCUUCAUCCCCUCCGGAUGGAUCGGAUCCUGUCAAUUUCCCCAAAUCACUGCCGAAGGUCUCGAUGAUUCUUGGGUCCACGGAAAAGACCUAUACGAGGUCUACCAUGACCUUCUGAAAUUCAUCCCAGGUCGCAAGGAAGAUUGGCGUAGUAAGGUCAUGUUUAGAGUUACCAAUAACCAAAUUACGAGUCAGGUUGCUGGUAUGUUCAUCAACGGCAUGUAUCAGACCACCGAAUCUGUUCCGCUGCUUAUCCAACAAGCUGGCGUGGAUAGUCUGGAGCCGCAGUAUAAAUGCGCGGUAGGGAGCAAAUUGACUAACGCUAUCAAGUCAUCUUCCAAUAAAGCCUGGCAGAAGCAUCUUGAUAAGACCAAGGAUCUUUACAAGACGCUCGACGGCAUCUCCGGUGUACCAUCUGAUGAUGUUGGUUUCCACGAGAGUUUCGAUCAUUACUACGACAACCUCUCCGCUCGCCAAUGCCACAAGAAGCCCUUCCCCUGCAAAUUAAUCAACGGAAAGAACUCAACCACCUGCGUUGACCAAAAACUCGCUGACACAGUCUACCGUCUCGGCCAAUGGGAAUACUCCCAAAUCUACCGCGACGCACCCGAAUCCCUCGCCGCAUCCGCUACAUCCUGGGGCGUAUGGAUCGCCGAGCUGGCAAGCCACUUCCGCGCCGUCAUGGCCGGCAAGCAAGAUCUUUUAUACUUACAUAACUUUGCCCACGAUGGUUCUAUCAGUCGCUUGUUGAGUAUUCUUCAGAUCGACGUGAUGGUUUGGCCGGGUAUGGGGAGUGAAGUCGUUUUCGAGCUGUAUAAGAAGAAGGAGGAGUAUUUUGUUAGGGUUCUUUGGAGUGGAAAGACGUUGACGUCUACGCAUCCGGACUUGGGGAGGAUGGAGAUGGUGCCUGUGAAGACGUUACUGAAGUAUUUUGAUGGGUUGACGGGGAAGGAUGCUAGUCUUGUUAAGGGACGAUGCUCUGGGGAUAUUCCUUUGUGAAAUGGCACUUUAUGAUUUCACUUAAUGUUAGUCCUCAGUAUCAUUGGCCAGCUUGUAUGGAUACGUUGCUAGGCAGACAGUUACACAAGUUUUCUGAAUAACAAAAACAUGUCAAC